GCGAGUGUGAAACGGAGGGGAAGGCGAGCCAGUUACCGUCUCGGAUGUGUUUAUAGUUAGAAGAAGACUAUAAACUGUUUUUUUUAAUCCUCCACGUUUCCGAAAGAGCUCCGUCUCGCCCGACGGAUGGAUGGAUGCGGUGGUCUCUGGCUUGCUUGUGUGGAGCGGGUGGUAAAGCCUGAGCCUGUCGCUCGGCUGAGGAGGGCUGAGGAGGUCUGAAGGAGGAGUGGAGAGGAGCGCAGGAGGACCGGUGUGUAAAUGACUCUGGGCGGUGUGAGCGCGGCGCCGCGGCCGGCUUUGGCCUGUCGGUGCGGAUCCAGAGCCGCGAGAGCCGGACCGUGUCUGAUCUCCCAGAACAGCAUCAGCCGCCUCAUCAGUGAGAGCUUUCUAACGGUGAAAGGUGCCGCACUCUUCCUCCCAAGAGGAAAUGGCUCCCCUUCUUCCUCCUGCUCCUCACGAGCCACAGGACAGCGCAGCAAACAUGCAGGGGAUCUUCAGCAGCACCUACAGACCAUGUUCACACUGCUACGGCCAGAGGACAAUAUCCGUCUGGCUGUGCGAUUGGAGAGUUUGCACCCUCAGUGCACACGUUACAUGGUCGUAGUGUCCACGAAUGGGCGACAGGACACCGAGGAGAGUGUGGUGCUGGGCAUGGACUUCAGCCCCUCAGACAGCUCCUGCUCUAUAGGCCUGGUGCUUCCCCUGUGGAGUGACACACUGAUCCAUUUGGAUGGAGAUGGGGGUUUCAGUGUGUCCACAGACAACAGGAUCCAUGUUUUCAAACCCGUGUCUGUCCAGGCCAUGUGGUCCGCCCUGCAGUCUCUCCACAAGGCAUGUGAGGUGGCACGCUGCCAUAAUUACUUCCCAGGCAGCCUGUUUCUGACCUGGGUCAGCUACUAUCAGAGCAGUGUGUCCUCUGACCAGGCACACAUCAAUGAGUGGAAUGCCAUGCAGGAUGUGCAGUCGCACCGGGCUGACUCACCCGUGCUCUUCUCCAACGUGCCAACAGAGCGAGAGAGAACAGAGCGGCUAAUCAAGACUCGUCUGAGGGAGAUCAUGAUGCAGAAAGACCUGGAAAAUGUCACCUCUAAAGAGAUCCGCACAGAGCUGGAGAUGCAUAUGGUGUGUAACCUGCGGGAGUUUAAAGAGUACAUUGAUAAUGAGAUGAUCGUCAUCCUCGGUCAGAUGGACAGCCCCACUGAGAUCUUUGAGCAUGUAUAUCUGGGUUCGGAGUGGAAUGCGUCUAAUCUAGAAGAGCUACAAAACAGCGGGAUACAAUACAUCCUCAAUGUGACACGAGAGAUUGAUAACUUCUUCCCAGGCCUGUUUGAGUACCACAACAUCCGCGUAUAUGAUGAGGAGGCCACGGACCUGCUGGCCUACUGGAAUGACACCUAUAAAUUCAUCUCCAGAGCCAAGAAAACAGGGGCCAAGUGUCUGGUACACUGUAAGAUGGGCGUGAGCCGUUCGGCCUCCACUGUGAUCGCCUACGCGAUGAAGGAGUACGGCUGGGACCUGGAGCAGGCCUUCGAAUACGUAAAGGAGCGCCGGGCCGUUACCAAGCCUAACCCUUCUUUCAUGAGGCAGCUGGAGGAGUACCAGGGCAUUCUCUUAGCUAGCAAGCAGAGGCACAACAAGUUGUGGCGUUCGCAUUCAGACAGUGACCUGUCUGAGCACCACGAGCCUCUGAUGAAGACCCCUGUGGCACAAACAUUGGGCCGUUCCAAUCCCCGCAACCAAGGCAGCACCCAGGCCUCUCCCUCACUCCAUGAGCUGCUCCAGACGCUCACACCAGCCUCCACAACUGCUGCAGGGGCAAAGGACCCGGACGAGUCAGGAGAGCAGGAGGUCCCCUUCUCCAACGGUCUGGGAGACUCUGAGGAAAGUCUUGCUGCUGAGGACCCUCCAACACUCCCCAGACCCUGGGCAGCUACAGUGGUACCAGAGGUCCAGCCAGAUGUGGCAAAAACUGUCUCGGUGAGCCGACCUCAUCCACCAGCUUCCCUUCAUCACCUGGCCUCAUCCCCCAGGAUUCUCUCAGACAUAGAGACCAAUCCACUCACCUGUGAACAACCUGAGGCUUCCUCUCUCAAGGCUGAGGUCAAAUGUGGUCCUCCGGUGCCCAGAACAGAGUCUAUUAGGAGCAAAACCCCAGAGCCAAGCAGACAACAAGACCCAGACUCUGCCUCAGCAGCAGGGCUGCUCACACAGGUGCCUGAGCAUCAUGGGCAAGAAUUCAGCCAGCAAGUGCCUGACACAGACGUAGACUGUGCAGGGCUCGGUCACACCAGCGAUGAUGACCAAUAUCACCCUAGUGCCACAUUAGAGGAAGCGGGGCUUUCUACUUCGCUUCCAUCAGAUCUAAGCACAGACCGCAUCGACUUCUUCAGUGCCAGAGAGAAAUUCCUUGGCCUCUCUCAGGAGGGGCAAACACGUGGGAGUUCUGAGCAAACAGUGCAGCAGACACCCCAAGACAAAAGUCCCAGCCAGGAGUCAAAGCUGCUGCUUUCUGAGGACCCUGUUGAAAGGGAGGAGGACCAAACACAGGUAAAAUAUGAGAGCUUCAGUGUCUCAGUUUAUGAUGAUGUCUCAGAGCUGGAGCCCAUAAGGCACAGUGUGAUUCUUCCUCCUCCUUCCACCAGCCAGCAUGUUUCCAGCAGCUCCGAGGAGGAGGAGGAAUUGGUCAAAAGCACACCACAAGGAGCUGAAAUGGAGAAGGUGGUGCACGGAGAGGCCCUGCAAACAGAUUGGCCAAAGGGUACAGUGCGGCGAGCCACCAGGCAGCUAGAACAGAAGAUGAAGCAAGACGUUUCCUCGUCCAUGCUGCUAUCAUGUGCUCUCGGGUGUCCUUCGCUCCGCUCCACUGUCAGCACCAGCAGCAGAGACAGAACUGAGGACACCUCAUCUCAUACAGACCUCACUCCUGAUCCAAGCACUGUGUCAGCCCACCACCAUCAGCCUGAGAGCACUGUGGAGGAGAAGAUGGAGAAGGAAGAAGCUUCUCCUAUAGAGGAGGGCAUGGGAAAAGGGGGCGAAAUAAGACUCAGGGAAGAAGAGUGUGGACACACUGGAAUUUCUGAGGAGGAUGCUAGCCUUUUGCACUUGAGGCACAGCCAUUCCUCUCAAUCCAGCUCUUCUCCAGCAAUGGUUCUUCAACUAGAGGGCGUCACAGAGAAGGAGACUAGCACCGACUGCCCUUCAGAACCCCGUCUGGUAGUGGACAUGAGGGAGACGUGGGAGACGCUGAAAGAGCUGGGUGCAUUCCUCUGCCAAGUACGUGGGAGAUCAGACAAGAGGCUCAGCCAGCCAUGGGCUGGAAAAGAACAGAGAAAGGGGCGGAGCGUCCAAGAGCGAGCCAAAGAAGUAGAGGCCAGGAUCCGCCAAGCCGGCCUGACGCCACCCUCGCUGAUAAAGCGCUCGGCUUCAUUAGCAAAGCUAGGUUCCCUGGAACUGUCUGCUAGUGAUCUGAGUGAGCUGGAGCGGAGUCCUGCUUCUGUGUCCCCGCCCACUGUUAAGCCACGCCCUCAUUCUUUUACCGAUGAUACCUCAAAAAAGAAGCGGGUUCUGCCCAGGCGCACGCCCUCUCUCCCUUCCUCCUGCACGUCUUAUCUCUCUUCUGCUGGAUCGCGCACAGAUAAAACAUUGGAGGACCACCGAACUGAAGAAGGAGAACACAGUGACCGUGACGAGGCCCCCACGCCACUGCCCUCGUCCAGUCAGUGCUGGAGGCGGGAGAUGGUUCAAGACCCAUCAUAUGGUCCUGCACCAGCCCCUGCCAUAAUACCUGUGGCAAUACGGCAACAGUAUGGGAGAACCCACCCCUUGAGAAGGCUGAAAAAACGGACCUUGAACUUUCCCUAUCACACCAUGUGACCCAGGCUCUGUCUGUGUGCUUAUUUGUUGCGUGUGCGUCUUACAAUGUAAUUUUAUCCACACAUACCUCAGUGGGCCUUACAAAACCGGAAAUCAAAAACAUCUGCAGGGUAGGUUUGUAGCCUAUCGUCAGACACACAGAGAUCAGUGUUGGAAGGCAGAGAUCAGACAGGGUGUCGGUAUCGAGCUCAUGUCUCUGACGGGGUUGAUGGGCAGGAUUAACCCGGACCUGUCAGUAGGAAAUAGCUGCUCUGUAAAAACAAUGAAGUGCUAUGACUGAUCCAUACUUUUGCACAGCGCCUGUCAGCUAGUUUAUUACAAAGUCAUAAACUUGCAAAUACCUGUCAGUCUAUGAUCUCGUACAGCAGAAUGCUCUUCGCUGAGCUGAAAUUCCUCACUCUCUGGGGAUUUUUUGUGUGUAUGUAUGUAUGUAUGUAUGGGUGUGAGACAAAGUGAGAUGGGUGCAUAAAUGUUAAAUACAUUCUGUGGUGAAUGUAAUGUAAUUGAGUGUAAAGUUAUUUUGGAUGUCUGAUUAGUAUGCAUGUUGGUCAUUUGAGAAUGGGGGAAAAUGUGUUAUUAGAAUGUAGAUCUAUGGGGCUCAGUGGGUGUGUAUGUAUGUAUAGCCUACUUUUUAUGGAUGUGUAUGACUAUACUUCAAUGUGAGUGUGUGCACCUUUUCUGUCUGUUCAAUUCUUAAGUGCAGUUUCUCCCUUCUGGGUUUUUGUUUAGUAAAAUAAACAAAGAUGGGGGAGUUUUUAAUAUGCACUUUACCUUUUUUAUUAUGUUGUGUGUUUUUUUUUUUUUUUUUUUUUUUUUAAAUCUGUGGUUUGUACUCUGGAAGCAUGCUUGCUGAGUGUGUACUUAGCCUGUAUGGUUGAUGUACAGUGCAAUUUUUCUUUUAUUUCUGUUCAUUGUAAGACUGGAAAUGUAAAUGUUUUCUUUUUAUUCUGUGCUUAAACUGUGACUAUUAAAAGAAAAUUUA